AUGCUGGCCGUUCAGCAGACAUUAAGCCUAGCUGCGCAUAAAAAUGAGAUACCAAAAUACAUUCACGUAUGCAAUAGAAAUCUCGAUCCUGACCAUUUGAAUGAGUGUGUUCGACGAUCAAUUCUCAUGCUAAAGCCCAGACUCAAUCGGGGCAUUCCUCAGCUCUCUCUGCCGUCCUUCAAUCCACUGCGUCUGCCCAAAGUAUCCUUCUCCCAGGAACAAGGCCCGAUCAAUCUCAAUUCCACGUACACAAAUGUCAAAAUCCAUGGUCUGUCUGACUUUGACUUGCAGAGCGUGAAAAUCGACUUGAAGAAGAACUUCUUUCAAUUGAAAAUUGUGUUCCCGGAGCUCUACAUGACUGGCGAUUACAACAUCAAUGGACAUAUGCUCAUGCUUCCACUCCAAGGCAAAGGAGUCAGCUAUGGGAAUUACACUGAUGUUGAAGCGACUGCAUCACUGUUUUGCGAGAGAGUCGCUGGGAAAGGCAUGAAGGAGCAUUUCGUUGUGGAGGAUCUCUCUGUGGAAUUUACAAUCGGCGAUGCAACUUGGACAUUUGACGGAGAUAAUGACCUGUGCGCAGUGAUGAAUAAGUUCAUGAACGACAACUGGAGGAUUGUUAUCGGCGAAAUGCGUCCGGCCAUCCAGAUGGCCAUGGCGAAGAUCAUUAAAAAGAUCACAGGGAAGAUCUUCCAAUUGUACAGCAUCGAUAAACUCUUGCCGCAGUAA